GUCGUUCUGAGCGCGAGGGAGGGGCCGCCUUCCAAGAUGGCCGCCCUAGCAACGGCGGCGGGGAGGGUAACUAAGGGCCGCCAGAACGGCAGCAGUGAUAAAAGUGCUGUUCAACAUUUUCAGAACCAGAAGAUGAAAGCUGACCAAGUUAAGAAAGCUGAAUUUUUUAGAACAGGAGAUAAGCUAAAGAAUCAGCUGGUGAAUAUCAAAAAAGAUAAAAGUAUCUUCAAUAAGAAGAGUGACUUUAGAAUGGAAUAUUGCACACUGGAAGAACUGGAACAUAAACUGACUAAAAACCGGAAAGAAGAAAAAGCUAAAAUCCAGCAAAAACUAGCCAGAAUUCAUAACAAUGUUAAGGGGCUUCAGCGACAGCUAAAAGAUGUGAAACCAACACCAGAAUUCGUUGACAAACUAAGAGAAAUGAUGGAGGAAGCUGAAAUGGCAAUACAUGCUUUUAAAGAAGAACAGCGACAAAUUUAUGAGGAGCUUAUGCGAGAAGAAAAGUCUGCUACUAAUGAACUUAAUGCUGUGGAGAGAAAAAUGGAGCAAUGGGCACUGGGUACUUCAAUAACAAGACGAAUAUUCAAACAAAGCUUACUUCCUCUGGAAAAAGAUCUUCAAAGCCAUCUGCCUGAAGAAGUACUUGACCUUGAAAGAUUCCUUCAGCAGACAGGAGGGAGACAAGGUGGUUGGGAUGAAUAUGACCAUCAAACCUUUUUGAAAAUAUUUGUAAAGCAUAAAGGAAAACCAUCAUAUAUAGAUGAAGCUCUUGACUGUCUUCCUGACAGAACAAGGGAGGACAUUCAGCAGCAUGAAAAAUGGUAUCAAGAAUUUCAAAUUUUAGAAGCUCGGAAAAAGGAGUCCAUUCAGAAUUGGAAGAUGAAAAAGAAAGAAGAGAAAGAGAAAAUUUUAGCCCAAAAGGAAAAACCAAAGGAAGUGCUCACUGCAGGUCAACUUCAGCAUGAAGAAGCUCAGAAGCAAAAAGCAGAAGAAGAAAGGAAAAAAAGAUUGGCUGAACUUGAAGCAUGGAAAAGGCAAAAAGCAAUUGCAUAUGCAAUGAAACAAGCCACUCUGCUACAAGAGGAAGAAGCAAAGGAAAAGAAAAAACAGAGGGAACGUCAGCGGCAGUUUGAAAUCAAGUUGCUGUUGGAAAAUUACAGUAGACAGAAAAGGGCACAGGAAGAGCUGUUGAGACUUGAGAAAGAAAAAAAGGAGGAAAUUGAAAGGGAAGAGAGGAAAAAAACUGCAGCAGAAGAAAUUCUUAAGUUCCAAGAGCGAGAUUUGCAUAAACUUGAGCUUAAGAUUCAAGAAAAACAGGCAAAAGAAGAUGAGAAAGUAGAGAAAGAAAAAAGACUGUCCAAGUUGAGAGAGAAGACUGGUGCUAUUUUUGUACCCAUUGGCUACAAUUCUUUCUUUCCUGGAAACUUGCUAAGGACUGGCAGCCAAUGGCUCAGGGACCAGCAGUCAUCAGGGGACUCUACUGUUGAACUUAAUGUCACCCGGGACCCAUAUAGGUUGUACAGACCUACUAAAGUUUGGGAAGAACGGAUGAAAGAGAUUGGACCAGAGGGCUCAGGACCACUUCUGCAUAUUCCACACAGGGCUAUCCCAAGCUGGCGACAAGGGCUGUAAUUGGAUAUCUGCUGAAAGAAAUAUUAGACAAUAGAUACAUGUGUACAGUUACUUGCUAUUUUAUAUAUUUUGAAGGAAAGUUGCAGAAUUUAAGGAUGUUCAUUUUGUAAUGAAAGUGAAGUUAUGUACACAUGAAUUUUAUGUCAUGUUAAUAAAAGAGCAGACAUAACAUA